AUGUCUGACGACAAAAAUGAUAAUGGGGCAUAUAUUAAUAAUCCCGAAUUUCCUUAUAAAAAUUUGAACAUUGAUAAAAUAGAAAAAAUUCGAAGAACAGGGAGUUUAAAUACUCAAAUAUCCAGUGAAAAAAAACAAAAUAAUGAUGAUACAAAUAAAAAUGGGAAUGCUCCUAAACAAUCCGGUUUACGUAGUUUGGGAAGCGUACUAAGUAAAAAAUUAAGUAUGUCCAAAAAUUUUAUUGAAAGAAAUAUAGAAAAAAUAGCUAUUUUGAGUAAAAAAAAUGAUAAGAAUGCCCAAAAAAAUAAAACAAAUAACAAAAAUAAUACUACAAAUUGCGAAACUCAAAAGGAUGGAAAAAAAGACACAAAAGAUAUAAAAAACAAUAUUUUGAAUAGUGGAGUGUUAAAGAAUAAAAAUGCGAGCAAUUCUACUGGGGCUAAUAAAGCUGGUACUGCACAAAUUAGUGACAAUAUAAUUGCUAACAAUAAUAGAAAUAAUAAUAAUAAUCAAAAUAAUUCAUCUCAUCGAAAUACCAUUCUAAGUGAUAUGAACAAAAAUGAAAAUGUUUUAAACAAAGGUCAGAAUAAAAACACAGAAAAUGACAUAGUAAAAAGUAACAAUUCACAUAACAAAACAUUUUAUAACACUAAUUUGAUGGAAGCAAAGAAUUAUGAGAUUUCCAAAAAAUCUCAGAAAACAAAUGAGAAAUGUUCAAAAGAACAUUCUUAUUAUGAUUUCGAAAGACCUAAAAAUAUAGUAAAAAAUUUGAGCACAAAUUAUGAGGACAAUAAUAUUAAUAUUUUUCAUAAAAAACAAAAAACAAUUUUAAAUGAAGAAACAACAAAUACAAAUUGCAAAAAUAAAAUAAUGAAUAAUAUGAUGGGAAAAGGGGGCGAUGAAGAUCAAAGGAAAACUACUUUAUCACUUUUAAAACAAAGUGGGAGUAAUGAUAUACUAAAGUCAAAUAUUAGUGGGCGGACACAUUUUCAAAAUGAUUUUCGAGAAAAUGAUGAUGCAAGAAAAGGUAAGCAUAUCAAUAGACAUGUUAGUGAUAUUAAUGAAGAAACUAUCGUAGAUUACAAAAAUAAGGGAGGUUCUAUAUAUCAGCCUAUGGAUCAAGAAGAAAUAAUAAUUAAAAUGAAAGAAAGUUCAAAAUUAAUUGGAUCAAAUGAAACAUUUAAGAUGAAAAACAUAAUACGUACAAAAAGUGAGCAAGAUAAACUGAAAAACUAUUCUGAAUUAGUAAAAAAGGAAAGAAAUACAUAUAACGAAAACUAUAAUAUAUAUAAUAUGGAAACUACUCGAAGUAGUAAUCGGAAUACAGAUUAUGGUUCAUAUAAUAUAUCUAUUUAUGAAAAUAGAUCCAGAAAUAUUACGAAAAAUGAGAAUAUAUAUGGAAAAGAUAGUCGUACUGAUUCGAUUUAUUCCAUUAUGGGCAAAGUAAAAAGAGAAAGAGGAAGUGAUGAUCAUGAGGAAGACGAAAGAAGAAAUGAUUAUGAGAUGAAUCAAAUAAAUAAUAAUAGCCAAAAAGAAAACAACAGUGAUAAUGAACAAAUAAACUUAAAUAUUCCAAUAUCUCAUAAUGAUAGCAAUACAUAUAGUAGUAUAAUAAUUCGAAAAAAAAAAAUAGCAAGUGUCGAAAACCCACUAAUUUUAGAUGAUCCAUCUGUAAAUCCAUUAAUUAAUUAUAACUCAAAUAAUAAUAAGGAAUAUGAACUAGAAAACGGAAAUAAAAAAAAAGACGGACCAAAAAAUAUUAGAAAUAUUAGCAAUAUGGGGUCUGAAUUUUAUAGUGAGAAAAGUAAAAAUAUUGAAAAUUUUCGAGAGAUUAAAAUUAAAAAAGAAAAAUCAUAUUUUUAUAAUAUAGAUAAUCAAAAAGAUAAUUUUCAAGGAAUGGAAAAAAAUGGUGAUAACGGUGAUGUUAUAGUUAUUUCAGAUAAUGAAAUGGAAUUAAAUUCGCAUUUUAAAAGAGCUGGUGAUAGGACAAAUGAUAAUCAGAAUGAUAGAAAAAAAUAUUCAGAAAAUAUAAAUGGAAAAAUAAGUUAUAAUAAUGUUGAAAGUAAUUCUACAGUUCCGAAAUAUGGAGACAAAAGUAGUGACCAUAUUUCAUAUGAACAUGAAAAAGUAUGCGAAGAACAAACGAAAGAAAGAUAUAAAAAUAUUGAAGAUAUUAAUAUAAAUAACGUUUCAAAAUUGACAAUUUUUUCUAAUAUAUCAUCAAAUAAAAAAUCAAAAAUAAAUGAUGGUGAUUUAUCUAGUGAUCAAGGGGAAGUUUUUUAUGAAGGUCUAUCAAAAUAUAGUGAAACACCAAACGAUCAUAACAAUAAGAUGAAAUACAUAAAGAAGGAAAUAACAGAGGAAAAGGAAAAUAACAAUAAUGAUUAUGAUGAUGAUUAUUUAAAUUCUAAUUACUGUGCUGUUUCAAGUUCACGAAAAGCUGACCCCGGUUUUUCUGAUGCUUUCGUCACUCCAUCAUGUGAAAACAAUUUUGAAGGAGAUCUUCAAAAUGAUAAAGUAGACAAAGAUUAUGAAAAUAUGGAAAAAAAAAAUAAAAUUGUCGAAAAAAAAAACGAAUUUAAUGAUGAAAAAGAUCGAGAAAAUCAUGAUAAGGAUCGUAUUUCAAAUAUUCCAGAAAAGAAUAAUUAUUAUAAAUUAGAAAUUAACGAUAAUGAAUUAAACAAUAAAAACGAAGUUAAUAACAAUUUUUUGCAUAGUUCUAGUGAUUCUUAUAACCCGAAUAUGGCAAAUAUAUAUAGCAGAAUAUCAAAUGAUGCAAACACUAAAAAAAACAAUAAACUUGUAAACAAAAAUUUGAUAAUGAAGGAAUUAUUUGGAUCUAAUUAUGAAUCAAGUUUGAAAAAUGAUCUUAACGAGUCUAGCAACAUUUUAAAUGAAAGUAGUUGUGCAGGCUGGAGCGAGGAAGGAAAACCAUUAGAAGGAGGAGAUAAAGAUAUUGCGGAAAAAAAAGGAGUAGAAAACGAAGAAAAAAGUGUGAACAGAUAUUCAGUAGGUGAAGAUACACAAAAAUAUGUAUUGGAAGGGGAAAAUGAAAUAAAGAAAGGAGUAGAAGAUAAAAGAGAUGAAAAUAAGGAAGAAGAAAAUAAAAUAACUAGAAAAGAAGGACAUCAAAUGUAUGAAUAUAUAGAAGAAUUAAAUGAGGAAAACGAUAAUACAUAUGGGGAAUCUUUAAAUGAUGAUAAAUCUAUUGUAAAAGAAUCUGAAGAAAUGCACAAUAAAUUUCAUUUAAAAAAAAAUGGAAACAAUAUUAAGGAUAUAUUUGAUAUUGGAUUAGAAAAUGAUGAAGAUUCAUUACUUAAAAAAUACGAAGAAAAUGCAUCACCUCGUAUUUUAUCUAAACCUAAUUUUAAUAAUAGAACUAGUGAAAGUAGUUAUUAUAAAAGUGAUAUAAUAAAUCAAAGCAAAAAAAUAUCUUUGAAUUCGAGAAGUGAUAUUUCUUUUAUGGGAAAAGAAAGAAUAGAUGAAAUUAACUAUUGUGAAAAUGGACAAAGGGAAAAUUUUCAUGAUAGCUCAAAUAAAUAUAAUAUGAAUAAAGAAUAUAUAUCGAAAAAAGAAUCUCAUGAUAUUAACAAAAGUCCAAUCGAAAUGAAAAAGUAUAGAAACAUGUCAAACAAUUGUAAUGAUGAAAAUGGAGAAUAUACAGAUAACUUUGAUAUGGAUAGAGAUGCAGACAAAUUUUAUGAUGCAGAAACAGAAAAAGAGAAUAUUUCAAAAAGAGGUCAAAAUAAUAUAAUUGAUCGAAGAAAUAUGUUGAGUAACAAAAUCGGUAGAAGAUCCGAAGGACAAAGUCAUGAUGAAGAAAUAUUAAAACACGAUGAAAAAAAUUCAAAAAAUUCAAAAAAUUAUACAUAUAGUGACUAUAUAAAAAGGGGAGGAAAUCAUUAUUAUAAAAUUUUUGAGAGAAAUCAAGUUAACAAUUAUGAAGGAAAAAUAGGAAAUGAAAGCGUAAACAACAGAGCUGACUUUAAUGAAAAUGAAAAUAAUAAAAUGAGUAAUUUACUUGGAAAGAGUAAGUUGUCUAAAUAUAUAGAUAAUAAGUUUUUGAUAUAUAAAAACAACUUGUUUAAUAACAAAAAUGAAUCUAAUUUGGAAAGAGAUAUGAUGUACAGAAGUGAAGAUAAAAAUGAUAACAUUAAUGAGGACUAUGUAGAUGACGAAAAAAAACAUUUAAUCGAUUAUACUAGUAACAAUUCUAGUUAUAUUGUAGAAAAAAAAAAUUCUACAGAUAGCACUGGAACACUUCUUAAUGGAGAUAAUCUAGAUAAACAAAAUAGAAUGAUGCAAAAUGUUGAUAUGAAGAGCAGUAUAAGUGAUGAUUAUUAUUUGGAUUAUAUUAAACGUCAAGGAUAUAAUGAAAAGAAUCGAAUCGAAUGUGAUAGUGGAGCGAGAAGUUGUGAUGAAAAAUAUAUGGAACAUAAUGAUAAUGUAGAUGUAGAUAUAAAAGAUAAGACACAUAUGAUGAGCAAAAAAAAACGAAAAAGUAACAAUGAAGAAAACAAUUUAACAUAUAAUACUAAGGAUAGAAUAAAAUACGAUAACCAUAGUAACAGUAGGAAUUUUUUUGAUGGCAUAGAGAGAAGUGAAAAAAAAAAAAAAAAAUCUAUGUUAAAUAAUGUAGAAAAUAUGAACAGUAUCAAUGAUGAUAAUAGUUUGAACAUGAUGGGAAAUAUGAACAGUAUAGAAAAUAUGAGCAAUCCGAAUAAUCUGAACAGUAUAGAAAAUAUGAGCAAUCCAAAUAAUCUAAACAGUAUGAACAAUUUAAGCAGCAUGAACAACUUAAACAGUAGCUUAUCCUACAGGCGCAGCGAAUGUUCAAAGGCGGAACUUUACUCAAGCAUCAACGAAACGCGAAACAGCAGCCAAACAAUAGUUUCUAAAAGAAGCAAAUAUGCUUUAAAACAAUCAAAUGCAUCUUCUAUACUAGACGAAAUUCCAACAUUAUUUAAUUUUGUUAAUUGUUGUUCUAUUAUAUUAGGAUCUGAAAUUAUAUAUGUUACAGAUGAAACGUAUGGAAAAUGUGAAAAUAUUUUAAAAGAUAAACCAUUUCAUUCAAAUGUGGAAAGAGGGUACUAUGAAUUUUGUUCAAAUGAUUUAUACAAUGUUUUGGACGAUAAAUUAAAAAGCAGCGUGGGAAAAGGGAAUAGACAUGGAAAAUCUGAGACUGAAGAGAGAAAAAAAAAAAAAAAUAGAAAUUCGUAUUAUAAUACAUCUCAAAAGUGUGAUGAUUAUAAUUUUGAUGAAAAAAACGAUCUUAGUAUUGGGAAAAAUGAAGAAUGCAAUAAAUUUAGCCAAUUUGAAGAAGUUUCAAAAUAUCGAGAAUGUCCAGGAUGGUUAACUAAAAGAAGGAUAAAGAAAUAUUUUGAUUUUUGCAUUGUGAAAUUGUGCAAGCCUACCUUAAUUAAAGGAAUAGACAUUGAUACAAAUAAUUUUUUAGGUAAUUAUGCUCCAUAUGUUUCUAUUGAAGGGGCAUAUAUUGAGGAUGAUGAUUUGAUGAGUUCUGAAGCAUUUUCGAAGUAUGUGGAAAAAAUAAAAAUAGAAAAUAAAAUAAAAAGAGAUAAAAGAAGAGCUAGUGGAAUACAACGAAAUACUUCCAACGAUGUUAAAAACGAUGAUUGUGAUGAUAAUGAUACUUUUUCGUAUUAUAAACAGAAAGAAAAAAAUGGAAUAAAUAAUAUGUCAAUAGAUAGAAUUAACCCAUUUAGUGAUGCAGAAGGAACACAAGAAUAUCGUCAGGAUAUGAAACAUAAGAAAAGAAGUUUAAGUACUGAAAGAGGUAGUCAUUGGUCAGAUAAAGGAUCAGAAAAUAACUUAUCUAGAUCAAAGGAAGAAAUAGAAAUAAUGAUAAAUGGAAAAAGAUAUUUUCAAAGAAAUAAAUAUUUUUAUGAACCCAUAUUAAUCGAUCCUACUGAUAAGUCAAGUGAAGAAUAUGAAAAUUAUGUAGAAAUAAUAAAAUAUAAUGAAAAUUUAAAACAAUUAAAAGAUGGUAAUAUGAAACCUACAUCUUUUGUAGCCAAUGGAAAUGAGUAUAGAUGUAUAGAAAAUAAAUUGUAUACAUUAAUAGAUGUCACUCGGGAAAUAGCUAGUAAGUACCCAGAUAUACAUAGUAAAGCAUUGAUAAAAAAAUUAUCAAAUGAUGCCAAAAUUCCUAACGAAUUAAAUGGAGAAUAUUCUAGCGAAUCAGUUCAUAAAUGUGGUGAUCAAUCAAGUAAUGAUUUUUUUAAAGGAAAAAUCGAAAAUAGUGAUGAUGAUGAAUUUUACAACGAUAUAUUAGAUGGAUAUAGUUGCAAUACACUUUAUUUAGACAAUGAUUAUUCAGUAGAAAAAAGGAUAUAUAAUACAUUACAUAAAAAAUAUCAAUGGGUAUCAAUUUUAGAAGAUGAAAGAAUGAAUCCAGGAUUUAAAAAUUAUAAUCAUAAUUGUUUUAAUAUAAAUACAUGCAAUAAAAUAUUUACACAUUUAAUAGUAUGUUUAUUACCUGAUGGGGGAAUAAAUAAAUUGAGAGUAUAUGGAGAAAUAAAAAUAAGUAAAAAUGAAAAACAAAAAAAUUAUAAAAAAAUAAUAAAUGUUUCUAAUAUACUUGAUGGAUCUAAUGUAGUAUAUACUACUGAUGAAUUUUAUGGAAAAUCUGAUAAUAUAUUAAUAGAUCAAAAUUCAAAAUAUGUAAUGGGAUGGCAAACAAGAAGAUUAAUAAAUCGACCUUUAAGAUAUGUUGAUAAUUUACAAUUAAAUAAUAUAUCAUCAAUUUUUUAUAAUAAUAAUUAUUGUAUAAUUAAAUUAAGUUAUAUUACUAACGUUAAAUAUAUAGAAAUUAAUACUAUUUUUUAUGAGUAUAAUUUUCCUUUAUGUAUUUCUAUAGAUCAUUGUUAUGUGAGUGAUAUUCAUGCUGAAGAAAAAUCAAAACAAAUGAAAUAUUUUAGUGAUAAUAUACAUAAUAUUGAAUGGAAAGAAUUACUACCUUUAUCAUAUAUUAAAGGAAAUCAUAUAAAUUAUUUUACUAUUAACUCAGAAACUUUUAAUGAUGAGUCUUCCAACUCUUUACCCUCUUCUCAUUUGCGACUUAAUAUAUACCCAGAUGGGGGUAUAAAUACAAUUAAAGUAUUUGGAACUGUUUUGGAAGUUUAG